CAUGAAACAAAUCGGUGUUUCGUUGUUAUCGACAAAUCUGGUGCUGAUAUUUCAGAUGUCUCAAGUUAUUUCUGAGACAUUUUUUGCCACUUACGUCGCAGUGCUCAAAAUGAGCAUUGCUAAAAUUUUCAAUACUCUUCAUAUUUGGUAUGUGAUGGAAUCAGCCGAUCAUAUUUGGGAAGAGAUCUUUGCCGCGAACUUACAGUGUAGAAACCACCAACCAUAGAAACUUUUGAGUGUCAAUAUUUUUGGAGCUCCCAUUUCCACUCUGGCAUCCAUAAUGAAACUCUAUACCACAGUGAAACUAGAAAAGACCACAUUAGAAAGAUCUGCUAUUUAUUUAGAUUUUGGAAUGAAAAAUACUAAUGCGAAAGGAUUCAUGGUAUCCGCAGAAAGUCAGUUUUUCAGAUGAAUUAUUUUGCAGAUUAGAAGUUUAGCGGAGGGUCUGACAGAUAGAUUAGGAGGAUCAUUAAUUUUCCAGUUAGGUCUUCGACAUAUUCACUAACAGAAAUCAACUAUAGUGAAUUGAUUAGACAAGUAUACCAGAAAACUUGUACUGUAUCAAAACCCGAAUGAAGAUAGUAACACUGGAACUUGCAUUUACUUUAGUUUAUUCCACUCAUACAAAAAAGUUUUCCAAAUUCAUGAAUUUCAUAAUAUGCACCGUAAUUACCGUGAUCAGCAAAUAUUUUUAUCAGCAUUUUAUGGUUACACCCAUCUUCAACAAUUACAAUCCUAUUUUUAUAAUGAAUCGAUAUGAAAAAUUGAUCAAUCAAUGUGAAGCCCUGGGUACCAAACCUUUUUUCUUAUCGGUAAAAGAUAGGAAACAAUAUAAAAAUGGGAGAUUGAUGAAGAAUAUCCAUUGAUCCUAAAACAAAACGUGAUAGACAUAUUUCUGAUAUCCAAAAUGCAUAAAUAUAUUUUUUAUGUGGGCUAAUAUCAACACUACAUUCUUCACAAUCAUCAGUGGAGGACCAAGUAAAAGAGCUGAUUGAGAAAAUUCAGAAUGCUAUACCAGAACCUAUCAAUGUCUCGGAAAUGAAUAUUUCAGUUCCGGAGAAUGAAUAUAUUUCCGGAUUUUUGAACUUAAAUAGUUGCUAUGUAACUGGCUUGAAAGCCUUUGACCUAAAAGUUGAUUUCCUUCAUGGCAUGAUACCUCAGAACAUAAAUUUCUACUUGGAAAAGUUGAAAAUAAGUACUGAUUAUACUAUGAACAUGCCCUUAUUGAGUUUGAAAUGGUUGGCGUUAUUCGGAUUGGGAAAUUUCCAUUUAUCUUUAUCUGAUUUGAGCGUGAACGCUUCAAUUUUCAAGGAUCUAGAAAAUCCACUCUGUAAACUGAAAAUAAAUUUAGGUGAUGCACAGUUGAGCGUUACGGGAUUCCUAAAUGAUCCAGAUUACAGUCAUGAACUUUCUGAAGAACUUUCCAAAAGCAUUCCACUAAUAGUCAACAGUGAAGAAUUCUCUUCUCUAGUCGAGACGAUUAUAAAUGAUAUUAUCGCAAACUUAUUCGAAAAGAAAAAUGGUGCUACGGUAUCUGUUCCAGCGAUUGAUGGUGGUGCUGAGAGAAGACUAUUUGUCGUCGACCUUCUGAAUGCCUUAAGAAUAUGGGUAGAAGAUUAAUUUGAACAUGCAAAUACACAGGAAACAUAGAAAUCAAUUUCCCUCUUCAAUUAAUUUUGUUUCACGUGAAAUAAAUAACAACUUGUUAUUAAUAA